CCCCCAGCAGCACUAGGGCGUACUACCAGGCCGUCGUGAUUCUUUCACAUAGUUUCACCUAGCCCCACCGUAGGCGACGGUUUCUGCGGGUCGAUCAUCUGCGCCGUUGAUCCAUCCCAUCCACCGGAUCCACCCGAUCCAACCGACCGUCUUUCAUCCACCGUCUAGCAUCUGCCGCGUCCCUCUCGCACCCGCCUUGCACCACCUCGUUCCUCCAAUGGCGCACGCUCUCGCUCGCUCCGCCGCGCAGCGCCUCCGCCUGUCGGUAGCGCCUCCGCUUCCCGCCGGCAUGCGCCUGCAGACCAGGGGCUUUGCCGCAGAUCAUCAUGGACCCAAGAGGGUGAACAUCUGGGAGGAUCCGCUCAACCCAGGGAGAUGGAAGGAGGAGCACUUCGUCUUUGUCUCGCUGGGAGGUUGGGGCCUUGUGUUCUAUGGCGCUUACCGGGCUUUUGCAGGGGGCAAGAAGGCCGAGCCUGCCCCAGAGGCGGCACCAGUGGCAACAGAAGCGGCAGCACACUGAUUCAUUUGGAUCAAGGAGCCUCCUGAUGUGUGCUAUUUCAAAACUUUCAAGGCAUUUUCAGGGAGGAGAUUGUGGCUGUUACUUGAAUGUGCAAAUUGUGUUAUGAAUGAUUAUGUUGAUGUUCACUUUUCAUGGCUACCUGUAUGAGUAGUUGCAUGAGAGGGUCAGAGAUUCUAGAGGGAUGUGGAACUCAAUGACGUCGCUAACAUGGCAUGUAUACAACAUAUCAUUUCU